UCUACGAUUGCUCAAAGUGACAUUGAAAGAUUGGCAAAUAUAUUGCUAAAAGCCAGAGUACAAGAUAUUUAUGUGGAUCAGCCCCAGGUUUGGCCUUUUCGGCGGCAUUUGUUUAAGGCAUUACCUUGGCCUAUAUCGGUGAAUCAAGUGAGAUCAAACAUCAAAGAAGGUCUAGUAAUGAGAACGUCGGAAAUGGAAUCGCUAUUGGAUUCUUCAGGAGGGACCAAGAAGCCUCUGAUCCUGAUGAUAAGCCCACAGAACCAAUCGUGUCCUAGAUUGGAUCAAAAGAUAUACUACUACGAAACCUUGAACCAUUCACUGACUGAAGCAUAUUGCUGGCUUGGAAACAAGUAUCGAUCUGAAUUGGAUCCGGAUACAAACGAUCUAAGUUUCAUUCUUCAUCGAAGAUCCAAUUUACGGGGAAUGAAAUUGAAGAUUCUGAUCGAGAUUCAAGAGCCAUAUGUCAUCUUUGAAAAGACAUCUGAAGAGAAAUUCCAAACACCUAGUGGGUCAUGGAUGGUACCUGUCGCACACAGUGUUCCCAAGGGCCUAUUUAUUGAUUUGAUCGUCAUGUUGUCUCGAGAAUUAAACUUUGAAAUUGAGUGGACAACUCCCAUUGAGCGGAACUUUGGAGUGCCAUUUCCAAAUGGAACCUCCACCGGAAUGAUCCGUAUAUUAAUCCAAGGAGAGACAGAUUUGUCAGUGGCUCCAUUUACUGCCACAUUACCGAGGUUUGACGUGGUAGAUUACCUCAUCCCUCUGGGUUACGAAACUAGGGUCAUUUUAGUUAAGCGGUCCACCACCGAAGACAUAAAUUGGUCUCUUUUGGGAAGUCCCUUCCAUCGACAAUUGUGGAUCAUGCUAGUCGCAAAAGCCAUCAUUUUCAUUGGCUUGAUGGUCAUAAUGCUGAUUUUGUACCAACGGAACGACUUGACCGUCCAAGAGGUCUUGACGCAGUCGAUUGAGAAUGCCUUUAAUUAUCUGGGGUCAAUUUUAGGCAAAAUGGUGUUCCAAAUUCAUUUGGAAAAACACGCGGCGGUUAAGAUUGUGAUAUUUUUCCUUUUUAUGGAGGGAAACAUCAUAUUCAUGGCCUACAGGGCUUCUCUCACAUCCGAGCUGUCGGUGAAAAGCUACGCCUUGCCUUUUAAUGAUCUGCCCUCCUUAUUAGAGUCUGAUUAUCAGCUCAUCAUGGGUCGCGGAGGGGGUCUUCUCCUUCAUUCGUUUGAAUCCGCACCAAAGGACAGUCUAUUGGGACAGAUAUAUACCAAAAACCUGAACCGAGGGGACGGAACCAUUUUUAAAGAGUCCCAAACUGCUAUAGAGCACUUGAUCAAUGGCAAUGCUUUGGCCCUUAUUACAAUGAUUGAGGAGAAUACUUUACAUCCCUGUAAAAUGACGGUGGCUUGGCAAACCCAAUAUCCAGACUGGGUCUCAAUGCUCUUGCCCAAACACUCGCCCCUCAAGGAUUUGUUUAAUUUCAAGCUUCUGGAGAUGAAGGAACAAGGAAUAUUAAGGUUGCUCGAACAAAAAUGGUCGCAAAAUAGAGUGGUCUGCUCUGAAGAUCCGUUUUCUGGAUUGGGAGUGGAGAAGAUGAUCGCAUUAUUCAGUUUCUUGGUUAUGGGCUUCUUCAUGGCCAUUGCCAUAUUUGCUCUUGAAUGUGGAACAACCUUGAGAUAA